AACAGUUUCCAAAGUGCUUUCGGUAUUCCUGUUCCGUGGACGUGAAUAUUUCCAUCUAAAACAGUUUCCUGCUUUCGGCGUCGUCGACAAUCAAAAUUAAUGUAGAAAUCGAAAGUGAGGGCUGCCAGAGCCGAGGGAUCCACCUCUGAAGCCCCAACUCCUUUUCCAGAUCCGCCCGACAGUCCGCAGGGCCUUCCGUUCUUCACCAAAUGCAUCGCCAGCGAGCAGCCCUUCCAGACUGGAGAAGAAUGGUCUUAGGUUCCCUUUGGAGGACACUGGUCUGGGGCAGCUGUGGUCCAGGUCUUCCCGAUCUACAGAGCCGCAGACAAUUGUCUUCCAUGGAACGUCUUGACUUCCAGCCUUCAGGUCGUCUCCUCGUGGCUGGGGAUGAGCCUUGUUCUCAUCUGCCAGUCUCUGAAGACGCCAGUCCAGACCUGCCAGGAUUGAUCGCUGUGCCCCCUCUAAGAAGAGCUGAUUCCGGUGCCUCCGAAAGCACAAAAAUGCUUCAAGUGAAAAUAGCCACGGCAUCGCAGAAAGCAACAGGAAACCGAAACAUGCUGAAAACUUAAUAAAUAUACAGAUCUCCACGGAGAUCUGGCACAUUUAUUCAUUCCAAUAAAAUCAAAA